AUGGCCACAUCAAGUCUAACAUUAAAACGUGAAAUUGGUCUGAUCGGUGGUAUAAGCUAUAUAGUUGGAACGGUUAUAGGCUCUGGUAUAUAUAUAUUUCCAGGAGCAGUUCUUCAAGGAUGUGGAAACUCCAUUGGAUUAACACUAUGUAUGUGGGUGUUCAGUGGAUUCACAUCCUUAUGUGGUGCGAUUUGUUACGCAGAAUUAGGUUCCCGAAUAGGUAAAUCCGGAGGCGACUAUACAUAUAUCAAAGAAUCGUUUGGUAAUUUGUUUGGUUUUCUAUAUGCUUGGAUGAAUCUGUUGACGAGACCAAUGUCUGCAGCUAUUGGUUGCAUGGCGUCUGCUGAAUAUAUUAUGACAGCAGUUUCUUGUUCAGAAGAUAUCCAUCACUCGGCCAAAACAUUGUUAACAUUGGUUAUUUUGGUAUUUGUAGUGUGUCUGAAUGGUUAUAGUGUAAAACUGGGUAGUUACUACCAAACAAUUAGUACUAUUAGUAAAAUUGGUGUAUUAGUAAUCAUUAUUGUUGCCGGUUUAAUACAUUUAGGUCAAGGGCAUAAUGACAACUUUCAAAACGCAUUCAACACAGAAAAUGUCACAGUGCUUGGUUUGUCUAAAGCAUUUUAUGCUUCAUAUUUUGCUUAUGGCGGAUUUACAAUACCAAUAUCUAUUAUACUUGGUGUGUUGUUAACUAUAAUAGCUUAUGUAUCAACAAUCAUAGCAUAUCACGCUGUUCUUACCAACUCUCAGAUCACUUCAGAUGUUGCAGUUGCAUACGUUUUCGCUCAACAUAAACUAGGCUUUUUUCAAUGGGUAAUAUUACCAACCAUUGGACUGUUUGCCGCUGUUUCUGCCAAUUUCAACGUCUUUCAAAGUAGCAGGUUGAAUUUUGUAGCCGGAAGAGACAACUUAUUCCCAAGAUGGUUAAGUAUGGUUAAUUUUAAAUCCAGAACGCCUUUAGUUUCAAUAUUACUAUUGAUGGUGACUGCUAGUUUAGUAAUUAUAUUUGUAAACAUACGAUCUAUUUUAAGUACCUACACCUUCCUCAAAAUACUGGGAACUUUCCUCAGUAUUUUAUCUUUAAAACGCAUUCGAAAACAAUAUCCAGAUUCUUCAACAACUUUAAAAACAGUGAAAUGUUGUGUUUUGACAGUAAGUAACUAUUGUUUUUUGACAGCUCCUCUACUGUGCCCAGUUGUGUAUGUCACUAUUACAUUACUUGUAUGUAUAGUAUUUUUAGUGUUUGAUAUCCAGGCAAUGUUAUCAGUGACUAUAUUGUUAGGAAGCGGUGCGAUAGCAUACCUUAUCUCAACUGAAACACCACUAUGCAAGAUAUCACCUUUAAAACCAUUAAACGGUGUGUAUUAUGUCCAAUUUCCAAAUUGGAGUGCCGAAAAUUACGCAUGGUAA